UUUUCACUGAAAUACUAUCAAAACGCUCGAUUUUAAAUCGCGAACUUUCUAGCGAUCGAAAAUAUGGGAUUUAUCGGAACGGGACGUUACAGGGUCACCUACCAAGAUUGGCACGAUUCUUCAUGGUACCCACCACGACUGGUGCGGCUUGCCUGUCAUAAUCGACACAGCUUUCCAUGAUCGCUCGCCACGAUGGUGCGUUCCUUCUACCAUGAUUAACUUGGCUCUCCAAUAAUUGCUUGCCCAAUUUGUGUACGUAUGCAUAACAUGAUUUACAUCACUCACCUAAUGAUGUGUUACCAAUAAAAAACUUUGGUUCAACCUUAAUUUUUCUAUUGGUAAGGAGGCAAUUGAUGAACCCGGUAUUCAACCAACAUCAUACUUCAUGCCAUUUUACCAUAAAAUAUUUACGUAUGAAAAAACAUACUUAUAUCAACUCUAUAUUCCCUCUAUACCAUAAGGAAAAGCUAGGCAAGUAAAGCUUUCUUUCUCCCAACUAAUUGAGCUCUCCUAAUUGAAUGGUGUCAUUGUUCCCACAAAGCACACCACAAUUCUAUCUUCACAUAAUUCUCACCACGUGGCUACAAGUGGCAAAGUUACCACUUUCCUUCAUGACUAGGUAAACAUGAUAUGAUAAUUACCACCAACCAAUCUAUUGACACGUCAUCACUUCCUCUUUCCAUGAGUGAAAGCUAUUAAUUGGUAAAUGGUUUAUAACAAAACCCUAUUAAGCUACACGUGGACAUGAGCUGUACUUGGGACCAAAAAAUCUCACUUCUCUUUUUACCACUUUACUUACACUUGGAAGAGAAGGAUAAACUUUCCCAAGCAAUUAACCAUUGUGAAUUGGAUAGUUUAUAGUCCUCAUCUUUUUAAAUGCACUCAAGCCACCAAAACAACUUCACCAUAUCAAUACACGUGAAGUGGCAAAAUCAGAUUCGUUUAUAUUUGCCACAAAUAUCAGAUUUCCCCUUUGGUUACAUGUGAGUGAGAAUGCCAUCUCGCUUUGUGUUGCACGACCAACCAAUUUCGAGUGCUUAAUUGCCCAAAUCACAACCUCAUUUCCCCUUUGUGUUGCACGAACCUCAAUCACAUUGAAGCAGGCUCUUCGGAGCUUUGCAUCAACACCUAAUUAAUUAUUAUAACUCUAAUAAUCUACCAGACGGCUAAACAUCGCCCCAGUUUUACUAAUAUCGCCCUAACUUAAAUUAUGAUUUUACUAAAUUAUCCUUGAUAAUAAACUCAAAUUAAAUAAAACCCACAGCCUACAGAUUUCUAAUUAAUCCUCCUUCAAACCUUCUCCUCUCCAAACAUAUUUCACCGGCGGCCUUCUCCAGCACCCCCCGGCCACGAUUCCCCAAAAUUCCCAACGAAUAAGUCGACACAAUAAUGAUGGAGUCAAUUAAUCCUAGGAACCAAAACUCAAUUGGAUCAGAAAUUUCCAUCGUCGUUCAUGUACUAUGGCGCCUAUUGCCCCUGUCACACUCCGCCACGAGUGAGUUCCGAUCGAGCCGUUCGUCGACUCGGUUCCGGCUAUGUUGGAAACAGAGCAUACUCUUCCGGCUUCAGUGUCAUUGUUCUGACGGGAACCGAAGGCGGUAAUGGCGGAGGAGGAGGAGGGUGUGACUACGAUCACGAGGCGGAUGGAGUUUCAUGGAUGCUUCCCGACGGUAUAGUCGCCGCGGAGGGGGGUUGAUUCCUAACUGAAUAAGAAACUUGGCGAACAGAGGAAAUGCACCGGGGAUCAAUUUUUUUGCGAAAUGGAUGAGAUUUAGGAAUUUGAGUAUGAAAUCCUCUGGAAAACACAAAGACGAUGCCUGCCAUUGCAAUCAAUGCCUCCCCACUGUUUGUACUGAUUCACCCCGGCCUCGAAAUCAAAUCUCAGUCUCUUCGUUACCUUCUCCCCAUCGCCGAAAUCAAGUACCUGCCGUCGUCUGUCCAAGGUGCGAAUUAACAACAGUGUCUUCAAUCUACAUGAAAAGUCUGAAAUCGCCGACGGUGGUAAUCAACGACGGUCAGUAGCUGGCAGUGGGAAUCUGUGGCCGUCUGGCAGACAGGCGACGGCGGACAAUGGCGACUAGGUGAUGACGCCCUUGAUUUUGUUAGAAUAAAUACAUGCCAAAAAU